GAUACUAGAAAACAAAAUCCCAAACUUGACGGUGAUUGUGCGUGUGCCUUCGUCUCCCGUCGGAUCUUCCGAAACACAAAACCCUAAAAGUCGUCUCAGGUUGUCUCUGUGGGAAUCUUCUUCGUGUUCAAAUUUGUGCGAGCAAAAUCUAAUGGAAGGCUAUUUGGAAUAUAUGAAAACGAAACAAGUAUGCCGCGGCGUAUGGCCGCCGCCACGGUACAUCAGUGGUAGAGAGGAUAUGAUAAGCAAAUUUCCUGAUGCUUUGAUAUCUCAGAUACUCUUGUAUCUUCCCACUAAAGAAGCUGUGAAGACCAGUGUUUUGUCCACUAGGUGGAAAAGUCUCUGGCUUUUGAUUCCCAUUUUGGAUUUGGACUCUUCCAAGUUCCCAGAUUACAACACAUUCGUGGGAUUUACGGACAAGUUCAUAGAUUUCUCUAGGGAACAUAAGUCUUGCUUGCACAAGCUUAAGCUAAGUAUCCGGAAGAAUGUGAAUGAUCCGCCUUGUGUUACUCGUUGGGUAGAUUUUGUGGUUAGGCGUAAGCUUGAGCAUCUUGAUGUUGAGUGUCUUGUGAACCGUAAGUUUUUAGAAGAGAUGCCGUUAAGUCUUUAUGUAUGUGACACGCUUGUGUAUCUAAGACUCCAUCGGGUAUCGUUGGGUGAGUUUGAGUCUGUUUCUUUGACUAGUCUAAAGACUAUGCGUUUAGAAGAGAAUGUGUAUGCUAAUGAUGUGGUUCUAGAGUCACUUAUCUCUUCUUGCCCUGUUCUUGAAGAUUUGAGCAUUCUUCGGAUGGUGAAAGAUAACGUAAAGGUUUUACGAGUGCGGUCUCAAACAUUAACCAGUCUUCAUGUAGACUUUUAUUUUGGUGCAGGUGAUGAAUACUGCGUUGAUGGUUUUGAUAAGAAAGUCUCAGGGGUUUUUAUUGAUGCCCCUAGACUCGAGUAUUUGAAAUUCCAAGAUGAUCUAUCGGGGAGUAAAAUCAUUACAAAUUCUGGUUCCUUAGCCAAGGUCAAUGUUGUAUAUGUCUUUAAUGAGUCUGACUGUGCUGAUGUGGUUGACUUACCAAAGCGAAAUAUGGUCCGUAAUUUUCUUACCAGUAUCUCCGGAGUUAGGGAUAUGACGAUCUCUGACCAUUUUGUGGAGUUUCUCUACUAUAAUAUAGACUUCGACCCACUGCCCCAGUUUUGCAACCUUUCGUGUUUAAAAGUGAAGAUUUCUUUAGAGUUACUGGAGAUUCUGCCAACCCUUCUUGAGAGUUGUCCCCAUCUAAAAUCACUCGUCUUGAUGUUGGAAUUUGAUCCGGCGGAAGAGGAUGUGCAAAUAAGAUUCUCAUCUGUACUUCGGUGUUUGGUUUCAUCACUCGAGUUUGUAGAGAUAAAAUACAUAAACGGAUGGCCUGCUAUAAUGGAAGUAGCAAGGUACUUCGUAGAAAACUCAAGAGUCCUCAAAAAACUUGUUCUGCAUUUGAGGUGUUCCUCGCACCAAGAAGGAUUUUACAUGCUAAAGGAACUCCUUGAAUUGCCCAGAGGAUCUAGCACAUGUCGAAUCAUAGUUUGUUGACGGCUUGAAAGGUUUUAGGUGGGUCUGUGAUCAGAUCAAGAGUAGCAUUCCCAGCUGGUUACUUAAAUUGGACUUGGAUUUGGUAUUUGUUUUUUGUGGCACACUAUUAUGAUGUCUUUAGAAUCUUUUGGCUACUAGUUCUGGAUGAUAUAUUCGAGAGUUUUGUGUGGCUUUUGCCUUCUCUUAAGCCAUCUCUGUUUUGAUACCAUGCCAUUUUCAACCAAA